AUGGAGGGACCGGCAGUACAGCCAGCCACCCCCCGGAAAAAGAUGACGAAACAAUUGACAGGGAGGCGAGACGAUACUGCAUUGCAUUCUGCAGCUAGAGCAGGGAAUAUUGUUGCCAUAAGGGAAAUCAUCAAUGGUACUAGAGAGGAAGAAUUGACAGAGUUGCUAUCGAAACAAAAUUCAGCUGGAGAAACAACCUUGUACGUAGCUGCUGAAUAUGGUUAUUUUGAGUUGGUGAGGGAGAUGAUUGAAUUCUAUGACCUUGCGGCUGCUGGAAUCAAAGCGAGGAAUGGCUUUGAUGCACUUCACAUAGCUGCCAAACAAGGGGAUUUGGAAGUGGUGAAGGUGUUGAUGGAAGCACAUCCCGAGCUGUCCAUGACCGUAGAUAUAGCAAAUACCACGGCUUUGCAUACUGCAGGGACUCAAGGGCACAUAGAGGUCGUAAAUUAUCUCUUGGAAUCCGAAAGCAGCCUUGCCACUAUAGCUAAAAGUAAUGGGAAAACAGUCUUGCAUUCUGCUGCAAGAAAUGGGCAUACACAAGUUCUUACGGCCCUCUUGAGUAAGGAGCCCGGGAUUGCAACUCGAACUGAUAAAAAGGGACAGACUGCACUUCACAUGGCCGUUAAAGGACGAAAUCUCGAUGUUGUAGAGGAACUCAUUAAAGCAGAUCCGAUGUCAAUAAAUAUGGUCGAUAACAAGGGAAACACCGCAUUGCAUAUAGCCACCCGGAAAGGGAGGACACAGAUUGUGAAGAUGCUUCUAGGACAAAAUGAAACCGAUACAAGAGUUGUUAACCGAUCGAACGAAACUGCCUUCGACACUGCAGAGAAAAUGGGGAAUGCUGAUAUUGCAGCCAUCCUGAAGGAGCACGGUGUUCAGAGUGCAAAGAUGAUAAAGCCUCAGACUACAAGUCCAGCUCGGGAGCUAAAGCAAACCGUGAGUGACAUAAAGCAUGAAGUUCAUAAUCAAUUAGAACACACGCGUCAAACUAGAAAACGCGUGCAAGGUAUAGCUAAACGCCUCAACAAAAUGCAUACGGAGGGGCUCAACAAUGCCAUUAACUCGACUACUGUUGUGGCUGUACUCAUUGCCACCGUUGCAUUUGCCGCAAUAUUCACUGUUCCUGGCCAGUAUGUCGAUGACCCUAAUGAUAUUCCUCCAGGGUUUUCCCUUGGGGAAGCAAAUAUUGCUCCAAAACCUUCGUUUCAGAUUUUCUUGAUCUUCGACUCUGUUGCCCUGUUCAUUUCUCUAGCAGUCGUGGUGGUGCAAACCUCAGUCGUGGUAAUAGAAAGCAAGGCGAAGAAGCAGAUGAUGGCGAUUAUAAACAAGCUAAUGUGGUUAGCUUGUGUGCUUAUUUCGGUGGCAUUCUUGGCAUUGUCGUUUGUUGUAGUUGGAAAGCACGAUAGGUGGCUCGCAAUUGGAGUGACAAUUAUAGGAACUACAAUAUUGGCAACGACGAUAGGUACAAUGUGUUAUUGGGUGAUUAUGAAUCGGAUAGAGUCCUCGAACAAGAAGAGCAUACGAAAGAACUCUAUGCAGGCCAGCAGAGAUCGGUCUUGGUCGAAAUCUUUACUUUCAGAUUCAGAAGUCCUAAACAAUGAUUUCAAGAAAAUGUAUGCAAUUUGA